UCUGCAGCUGCGAGUCAUUGGCCUUGAACAGAAUACUGACACUUGACCCAUCAUCGCCUUCAAGAUUUCCGGUCGGCAUUGUUAUUUGAUCCUCCACUAAAUCCUCGUCCACCCUUUACUGGUGAGCACUCGCCUGUGGAGAAGGGUGUUCUUGCUGCGCUCCAGAGACCCCGCAACAACACGACCAUGACUGAGACAGAGGUGCCCGAUGCCGCUCCACAAGAUGAAUAUGAGGACAUGCCUGGUGGUCCAGGAGCACCAAUACCUGUAUCUCAACUUGUGGGCAUCGCAGGUCUUACAGAUCGAGAUAUAAAACUAGUAGUGGAAGGAGGUUAUCACACUGUGGAGUCAAUUGCCUACACGCCACGGAGGUUGCUUGAGCAGAUCAAGGGCAUCUCCGAAGCUAAAGCCACCAAACUGUUGAACGAAGCUAUGAAGCUGGUGCCCAUGGGAUUCACCACCGCGACCGAAAUGCACGCCCGUCGAAGCGACUUGAUCUCAAUCAGCACAGGCUCCAAGAACCUCGACCGACUUCUGGGGGGCGGGAUAGAAACCGGCUCUAUCACAGAAAUAUUCGGAGAGUUCAGAACGGGCAAGAGUCAGAUUUGUCACACAUUGGCGGUAACAUGCCAACUACCGUUCGACAUGGGCGGGGGAGAAGGAAAGUGCCUGUAUAUCGACACAGAAGGUACAUUCCGUCCAGUGCGUCUGCUAUCAGUGGCCAACCGAUAUGGGCUCGAGGGUCAAGAGGUGCUCGACAAUGUUGCCUACGCCCGCGCAUACAACUCAGAACAUCAACUGCAGCUGCUUCAACAGGCAGCGCAAAUGAUGUGUGAGACACGAUUUUCACUUUUGAUUGUGGACUCGGCCACUUCUCUAUAUCGGACAGACUACAAUGGACGAGGAGAGUUGUCAUCUCGGCAAUCCCACAUGGCAAGGUUCCUCAGAACAUUGCAGCGACUGGCUGAUGAGUUUGGAAUUGCUGUCGUCAUCACGAACCAAGUGGUUGCACAAGUCGACGGCGGUCCCAGCGCCAUGUAUAACCCCGACCCUAAAAAACCGAUUGGCGGCAAUAUAAUUGCACACGCCAGUACCACAAGACUCAGUCUGAAGAAGGGGCGUGGAGAGACCAGAAUCUGCAAAAUCUACGACAGCCCGUGUCUCCCAGAGAGCGAUACGUUGUUUGCCAUUUACGAACAUGGUAUUGGCGAUCCGCAGCCCAAGGAUGACAAAGAAUAGCGAAUGAUGGUUUUAUAAUGCGGGAGGGAGCAUGGAGUCUAGAGAAAGUGAUUAAUUAUACUUGAGCUGAGCCACGAGGCGCGGGUAGAGCUUGAGAUGUUUGUAUUCGGCUCAGGGCGAUAAAAUCAUGAACCUGAACUGUUCAGCUUUCAUGGUAGAAUUGUAUGUUCACACAAAAGAUAA